AUGUCAUUAUGUCGAUUAGCUGAUGCUUCUAUUGAUCUCUUACUAACAUCGAUUUGUUUUGGUCGUGCUUCUCGAUCAAUCAGUAUCGGUGUACCACGUAAUGAUUAUGAAAAAACUUUAACACAUGCAUUUUCACGAUUAGCACUUCAACGUAUUGACAAUAUUAUCAAUUAUAAAUCUGAAUUGGAUCGAUAUCAACAUCGUAUUGCUAGUGAAUUAUUGACACAACGUUAUUAUCCUGUGUUUCAUCCAUUGACACGUGUAUGGUGAAUGACGAUGAUGAUGAUGAUGUCGAUGUUGAUGAUGAUGGUGAUAGGUGUACUUUUUAAUCGAUAAUUAGCUGAAACUGCGAAUUCUCAAUUUCAUUGAUGAAUGAUUACUAUUAUUAUUAUUUGAAUAUGAUGUAUGUAUGUACAUAUAUAUAUAUAUAUAUUUAUAUUU